UCGACGACAUAACAAAGAUGAACAGCACUUGUUGUGAUAGUGAAGAGUUCAGCAUGGCAGCAAAGAUAGUUUUAUCAACGUGGUAUGGUAUCGCAGGUCUGGCGACCAUAGUUGGAAACGCGGUUGUGUUGUGGCUGAUCUCUAGAAAUAGGUCGCUUAGAACAAUUUCUAACUUGUUCCUAACUUCAUUGGCGGCUGCGGACAUUUUAGUAGGACUUGUUAUAGACCCGGUAUAUAUUCUUUUCAGAUGCUUGCUUUUUAAAACAGAUACAUAUUUGCAAACCUACAGUAAAGCUAUUGACUAUCUCUGGAUCCAUACAACAGUGGCUACUGCAUUCAACUUAUGCUGUGUUACCUUGGAGAGGCACAUCGCCAUUUUUUAUCCUCUCCGCUACGAAGACAUUAUCACUUACCCAAGAUGUUACGUGCUGAUAGCCACCGUUUGGUUUAUGUGCUUGGUUCUCCCCUGCUCGAGGUUCUUGGUGGAGGAUGUUUCAGUGCUACCAAGAUUAUAUUUCUCUUUUGCAAUAAUCACGAUUUUAAUACCAAUGAUUCUCAUAAUUUUCUGCUCUAUUCGGAACUUAAAGGCUGCUUCAAUGCAGUCCAGGCGAAUAACUGUCAAUACUGCACAGAAUCAAGACGUUGUGAUAAGAAGGAAAAAGAACUUCAAGACUGCUAAGACGAUCAGCAUUGUGGUGGGGCUGUUUGUCGUUUGUUGGUUGCCGAGUUUAGUGACUUCUUUUGUGCAUUGCCUGGGUAAAAGAUUGAUUUUCUAUACGGUAUGGAAGCCAGUCGAAGCGCUCGCAUUGACUUCGUCGGCAAUCAACCCGUGGGUGUACUGCUUGCGGAAUGCCGAGUUCUACCAAGCCUUAACUGGUACUUUCCGAUUUCUUAGAAGAAGGAAUGCGGCGCAAAAUGGGAUUCGUCGUUCAGUUAAAAGAUAAAAGGUCGACAGAUUGUGCAUUGAGUAAAGAUUAUGCUUGACAUCUGCCAGUUUGAAUUUUUCAAGUUUAAUUUAAAGUGGUACAAAAUUAGUCAUUUAGAGUUUAAUUUCGUCUUACUAUUGAAAAACGCCGCCUUCUCAAAAACAGCUGGAAAGUCACUAUUAAAACUUGACUUUCCCGUUUUGUUGAGAAAAGCGGUUUUAAAAAUGAACUCUGUGGACAUUUCAGUAUAAUGGAUGUUUGACCAAGCAGUGGAGGGUAGGGAAGGUAACAAGAAAAAACAAAGAAGCUUUUCAUGGGGAAAUGAAUCAUUGAAUAACGACAACAAAUGAUGACGAAACAAAAAUGUUCUAUUCAACAUGCAGAUAGUUGUUCCAGUUAACUCGUCAGAAUAGUCAGGACCUCCAGCUGUUUUGGCUUUGUUUUGUUUAGCUUUCUUGUUUUUAUUUGUUUUGUUUUGUUUCAUGCUUUGAGUUUAUAGAUCUCUCAAGACUUAAUGAUUCGUAACCGUAAACAUUGAUGCAUAAAACGUGAAUAAUUAAUUUUUGGGUGAUAUUUCAGGAAGAAAUGGUUCUUGACUACCAUGAUCUUUUCUUUAAUAACUAUUUACGCCUCAGGUGAAAUUUCCCCUAAAUCCUUUUAUAUUUGUGUAUAAGAACAAUGCAGUCGAGUAAAGUUAAGAGAAGGUUUCAAACACAAACUAGAAAACAUGGUGAUUGUCUUAACCUCUAACUGACAUUUGGCAUACAUUUGUCAGUGUAGGCAUAAGAAGCGACUGCAAACAAGCCAAACUCGCAGAUGAGUUUUUUUGUUAUUACAAUUCAGCAGACCUCUCACUAAACUCCGGCUUACGCCAAUGGACUGGUUGUGGUGAAUACUGAUAUUUCAGGAAGCAUUGGUUUUUAAACACAGUAAACUGCUACAAGAACCUAUAUUUUCCAGGUUAGCUUUAUAUAUAAUAUAGACCAGUCAGGGCCAUAAAUAGGUUCAUAAGUGGUAAAAGUUCAAAAUGGGUGUGGUCAUAAGGGGAUCUGGCCCAAAUGGGGGUUUUAAUACUAAAGACAAUAUAGUGAACCAGUCCAAACUCGAGGAAAUUACGUGCAGCUGACGCAAAGCGCGGGAAAA